AUGGGCGAGCACUCUCGCUCAGAGGAUCGCGAUCGGGAUCGUCGCCAUCGCCGCCACGACACCACAGCCACACGAGACGAGCAACGAAGCCGUCAUAGGGAUCGUGAGCGCUCGAGGGACCGAUCAGACCGGCGCCGCGACGACCGCGACAAGGCUGCCUCCUCGAGCCAUCGGCGGCGAUCUCGUGCAGAUGCGGGCGAGGUCGCCGCCGAAGACGACGAUCAUGGCAACGACCACGACCACCGCCACGACGACGACCAGCCGGGUCCAGCACCUCCGCCUCGCGUCGACCCGCACCUCGACGAGCUCGGCGUGGCACCGCUGACAAACGACGACUACUUUCAAAAGGCCGCCGAGUUCAAGGUUUGGCUCUCCGAGUCAAAGGGCCGCUACCUCGACGAGAUUUCGAGCAAGGAGGCUCGCCGCUACUUUGACAAGUUUGUCGACCGCUGGAACUCGGGCAGACUGAGCGACGACUUCUACCUGGGAAAGGUCCGCUCCGCUGCCGCGCCUUCGUCUACGCAGACGCGGCACAAGUGGAACUUUGCCUCCAAGUCGUCCUAUACCCAGGCAGAGCAGGAUGCGCUGGCCAGCAUCCGGGACACGGUCGAUACAAUGACCAACGCCGAGACCAGGGGUGCCAAGGAAGCCCGGGAAGCCGAACGCAAGGCCAGCAAGGGAAGCGGCUGCCGAGAGGCGGUCGAAGAGGCGAAGCAGCGCGAGGAGGCGGCCAAGAGGCGCAGGGUGAAUCGCGACGCCCGAGAUCUGGCCGAGGAGCUGGCGCCGCGCGCCACGGGUCGCGAUGCCUUGAUUGAAAAGAGGCGAGAGCGCAAUGCCGCCAACCGCGAUUUCGCCAACCGCAAGGACGACGAUGGACUCGAGCUGGACGACGCCACGCUCAUGGGGGGCGACGAUUACGGUGCAGCGCUGCAGGGCAAGAGCGGUGGCACCAGCCGUCGCGAACAGGCAAGACAAGAGCGCCGACAGGAGAGGCAGGCCGAGAUGACUGAGCGUGUGGCGGCGAUGCGGUCCAAGGAGCAGGAUACGAUGGCCAUGUUCAAGCAGCUCGCUCAGCAGCGAUUCGGCGGAGGCGCGGGCAGCUAG